UCCGGUAUUGCUGCUUCGGCCUGUUCCGCGGCCGCUCGGUCAUUUUCGCCUCUUUGUUGUACUGGUGGUGGGUUUAACUCGGAUUCAACCCCCAUAUCAAGCGGACUGUGCUGCUCCCAACCAGGCCCCAAUGAGAGGCUCUCCAUGAUGAGGAGCUAACACUGUCGGCCGCACAACCGCAGGAAGAGACGUGGCUGCUGCACCAUCCACAGUCGACGCAUGGCGGUGUUAGGGAACCCCGACAUGCUGACGAGGAAGAUAAAGCUGUGUCACAUCAACGCCCACAUCACAUGUCGUCUGUGCGAUGGAUACCUGAUCGACGCCACCACCGUCACCGAGUGCUUACACACCUUCUGUAGAAGCUGCCUAGUGAAAUAUCUGGAGGAAAACAACACAUGCCCAACGUGUAGGAUUGUUAUUCAUCAGAGCCAUCCACUGCAGUACAUUGGCCAUGACAGAACAAUGCAGGACAUCGUCUACAAGUUGGUACCGGGACUUCAAGAGGCGGAGAUAAAGAAGCAGCGGGAGUUCUAUCAGAAGCUGGGGAUGGAGGUGCCUGGAGACAUCAAAGGAGAGCUUUGCAACAUGAAGACUCAUCUAGAUCAACGUAAUGGCGACACAAAGUCGGAGGAGACGGCCAAUAAGGAGGCGGGGGAGGAGAAACCAGAGGAGGACAACGACUAUCACCGUAGCGACGAGCAGGUCAGCAUCUGCUUGGAGUGCAACAGCAGCAAGCUGCGAGGCCUGAAGCGCAAGUGGAUCCGCUGCUCGGCACAAGCCACGGUCCUCCACCUCAAGAAGUUCAUCGCCAAAAAGCUCAACCUGACGUCUUUCAAUGAGCUGGACAUUUUAUGCAACGAGGAGAUCUUGGGAAAGGACCACACGUUGAAGUUUGUUGUCGUGACGAGAUGGAGAUUUAAGAAAUCCCCCCUCCUGCUCCACUACAGACCUAAGAUGGAUCUGCUGUAGCUAAAACGGACACAACGGUUGUUUUGUAUCUUUUUUUUUGGGUGGGGGGGGGGCCCAGUGACCGCGGACUGUUGCCGAAACCUUUUUUUAAUUUAUGCAAAGACGAUCAACCGACACCAAGCAAAACGCCCGGCGCUAAACGUCAACACAAGCCAGCAAACCCGGGGGGGGGCUAAAAAAGAGGGACGGGUGGGGCGCGACUACAAGACCAACUGGCACCCUGCAGCACAGAUAUCGCAACACUGGUGUUUUUUUUUUUUUUUUUGGUCCGCUACAUCCUUGAUAUGUGAACAAAACGAAAAUGAAAAAAAAAAAAAGAUAACUAAUGGAGAGAAAGCAUAUAUUUAUACUUUUGUACAGAAGAGACACAUGGAACCAAGACACUACUGGUGCUGUUUACACCCAAACAAGAUGUCGGGGAUCACGUGACCGUCGUUUUUUUUUUUGUUUUUUUUUGGAGCGUCGUGCAGAUUUCAUCCUCCGGAGACAAAGACUGAGAGAGAGAGAGAGAGAGAGCGAGAGAGGAGGAAAGUUCUCCUUAUUUUGUCUUCUUCUUUUCACCCUACAACAAUACACUCGACACAUCGCGGGAGCACACAGAGUAUAUGGAAAAAGUUCUAUAACAGGCAUCGAUUCUAAGCUGUUUAUCAAGUCUUUAUUUUACAUUUUCAUUUUGUUGGCUUUGUCUAAUUUUUUUUUCCUAUUGGGUUCUUUGAUGAUUGUCAAUUGUGAAUAGGCUGAAAUUUGUGUAGUAAUUUAUGUUCUAUAUACCAAUAUUGUACAUAAAAAGUCAUUACAGACAGAGAGAGAGACUGAAGAGUGUAAGAGAGACUUUAGACUGUUAAACAAAAGAGAGAAGUUGAUCCCAGAUGUAAAAUCUAUAUGCGGGGUCAUAAAUUAGGAUUUUUAAAGGCAGCCUCGCUAUCGCUAUCAAAGUAUAUAGAUGCAUCUUUAUGUUGUCUGAGAAAGACACAAAACAAAUAUAUGGAAUCCUCUGUGUGCGUGGGGGGGGGGGUCGAAGUAUGUCCCUUUGCUGUCAUAACAUUACAACCCUUUCAUUCCUCUCCUCCGUUUGGACGUGUUCAGGUUGAGAGCUUAUGGAGCGGCGUCGCUUCUCACUGCCAGUCGGAGACGUUUUUUAGGAGAAGCUCUGGAAAUGAGAUUAGUUUUGUCACUAAAUGUCUGUUCAAACCUCUGGGGUGUUUGUUCAUUUCACAGGUAGCCAGUGUUCAGCGUCCUGACUCCUCAAGACACACGUUUUCCCAGAAUCGGUUUGGAGAACUCGCAAAUUCAGGUUUUGCACGGGGAGUUUUUUCUUCUUUUUUUUUUUUUUAGCAUUUUGAUAUUGAAAUUCUGAAUUUAAUGACUACUGUUUGGUCAUUUGGUGCUCUCGUAAAUGUAUGUUUCUAAUCUCGAGGAGGAUUGUUUGUUCCCUCACUCGCAACAUUCAAAUGCGGACUGCCGGACUGCAACGUGGAUCCCUGAACGCCUCUGACCUCAGUUAUUACCUCACGGACAACGGCCAUCUCCUUUGCCCCCCCCCCCCCCCCCCGCUGCUGUCUCUCGCGUGCAGGGCUCCUGUGCAUCACAACCAACUUUCGACGACUUACUUUGAAAUUGGAUACGAAGCCUGAAACGUCUUUAAAAAAAAAAAAUCAUUCCCAGACCUGCGACGUUUGUGGUCCUGUGACGAUGCAGAGGGGCUCUGCCCCAUCAGGACCUACGUUUUUUAAAAAGCCUCCAGGUCUGUUCCUAACCAGCUACACCAAAACUCCUCCUGCCGCCUCGCAGCUCUCCUCCUCCCUUCCUGUUUCCCCCUGAAUGCAGGAGCCUCUGUGAAGUGCUCCGUGAUUUUGGUCUUCUUUUUUAUUUUUUGGAGGGGGGGGUUUAAGGCGAUGGCUCACUUGCCUGCAGGUGAAAAAGUAAUUUGGAAAAAAGUGAAUUUGCAGCAUAAACACUCUGCAUUUUGGAAUCCUUUUUGAGUUUUGGGAUUUCUCUCCUGGUUUAUUUCUGAAAACAUUCUGUGAUUCCAGUGGCUAAAGGAUAAAAAAAAAAUCAGAACUGUUUUUUAAUUUACCUGAAAAAAGCAUCACAGUGGUACAAAUUAAGCUAAAGUGCUUUUUGGGGGGGAUCGAUUAUUGGGGAUGGAAUAAAAUUGGAUUGAGCGCUAUAUACCACUUUAAAGAGGAUUGAAAACCAAAAACAAUGAGCCUCAUUGGCUGCUCAGCAACAUUGUGUUGUUGAUCACAAUAAUAAUGUAAAAAUGCACACGUUUAUGUCUUUGUAAGUGCAGACCUUUGUGUUUUAAAGGCUGAGGCACAGAAACAAGGCCCAACGUUCAGUAAAGUUACAAAAAAAACCCACUGUUCUUAUUUUUCACUUUCAGUUGUCGAACUUUUGCUUCGUUUUUUUUUUCUCCUCGUGGUGCUGAAUCCUCUUAAAAUGUACACUAGAUCUGUCCUCAGGCGGUUAAGCUGCAAAGCGCCCGACACUCGGUGCUACUGGAACCACAACUACCAACGCACACACACACACACACCUGGUCACAUGUGACCCUCGCUGCGUUCACCUUGCUGAACCUUUUUGUGUGGAAUUGUUGUGUUUUCACUUCUUUCCUCCGCGGCGUGGAAUCCGCUUUGUGGUCCUUUUCUUAAACUGCAGAUGGAUGAUGCAUUUUCUAUCUCCAUGGCGAUAGUGACAAAACAGCUGCAGGAAACACUCAUCUCAAUAAGCGGGAAAAAAAACCCCGUUAUCCCCCCGUUGUACUAGUGAUGCAUUUGAUACACAAGUUGACAAAAACAAACGUGACAUUGUGAGACUUUAAGACUAAAACGCGAGCAGCAGCAGUGUGAACAAAGCUUGGCCCCCGGGGGCAGUGAGAAAUGGUCUC